AUGACCCGCCAAUUUAGUGCGAAAGCGACGCGCGGACUCCAGAUUGAGCUUGGGCUCUCGAACGUCGAGAUCUAUAGUGAUGAGGUCUCGUGGAUCGCCACGCGAGUCAUCAAUUCUGUUACUGGCCAGAAAGUUAUAAAAAUGCUGCCCUCAAUAAAUAGUUUGGAUCUUGCCUACAUGAAAAGGAGAAAAGCUGAAAAUUUGUCUAAUCUGUCUGAUUUAAAUACAGAUACUUUUGAAAUAGAGAAGAAAAAAAGACGGAAAGUCUGUAGGAGGGUCUAUGAUUCCAGCGAUGAAGAAAUACCCACAAGAAAAGUUGGCGCUAAGAAAAGGAAAGAAAGGUGA